AUGAAUAAAGGGCAAAAAAGCACGUUUAACCAUUCAGUAAAAGUGCCCAAGCUUUAUAAAUGUGCAGCCAAAAUAGCUCAGGAUGUCGCUGAGGGUGCCGGAAGUAUAAAGCAAUUGGUUUACGAAAAGACACAUUUUAACACAAAAGCUCUGUACGCCCUUGUAGCAACUUCUUUUCAAAAAUCAAAUGAAAUAGAUUUACUUUUAAAGAGAACCAAAUUGCUGGAUAUCGAAACACGCUUAGAUAGCUGGCUGGCAAAAAUUUUGAUAUCGGAAUUAAUGUGGGGAAAAGGACAGCUACCUAAUAGUGGUGCAAAACCAAUUCAAACUAUAUUGUCUUAUGAACAGGCUUUCCGGGCACACCUCAGCGACACCUUUAAGGAUAACAAUUAUACAGAAGAUAAACACCUCACACGUGGAAAACCAAGAUAUAUACGCAUAAACACCUUAAUUAAUUCAAUGAAUGAGGCUCUAGAGCUCUUCCAAGAAGAGGGUUGGACAUUGAUACAUCCGAGCAAAGAAAAUACCUACACAAGCUUUUUGGAACAAGUGGAAAACUUAGAAGACAACUGUUUUCUAAGAGAUUUCCAUGUACCAGAACUAUUGGUAUUUCCUGGAGGCACGGAAUUUUAUAAUCAUCCAGGGUACAAAAAAGGAGUGAUUAUUCUUCAGGAUAAGGCAAGUUGUCUUCCAGUGCACAUUUUAUCGCCUCCCCCAGGAAGUGUUGUGCUCGACAUGUGUGCAGCACCAGGGAUGAAGACUACACAAUUGGCAGCCACUUUACAAGAUAAUGGGAUAGUCUAUGCAGUUGAAAGAGAUCCGAAACGGUUUGAAAUAUUGAAGAAAAUGGUGGAAGUAUCAGGAGCAACAUGUGUUAAUGCAAUAAAUGAAGAUGUAUUACAAUGUAAUGUGCCUGAAUUUUCUAAUGUUGAAUACAUAACAGUGGACCCUAGUUGUUCUGGAUCAGGUAUGAUAAAUCGUUUGGAAAUCAACAAAACCCCUGACAAUCUCAGGCUCCAAAAACUAGCUGGCUUCCAAAUUAAAAUUCUACGCAGUGCCCUAACUCGAUACCCAAAUGCGAAAAAAAUUGUAUACUCAACAUGUUCUCUCAAUCCAGAAGAAAAUGAAGAUGUCGUAAGACAAGUCUUGGAAACGAAUAAUCAAUUUAAGUUGAUUCCCGCAAUAUAUUUUGUGAAUAACCAGUGGAUUAACUACGGAUCAUCAGAUUUUAGCAAAAUUGGACAAUAUACUUUAUAUGCCCGACCCGAAGUGGACUUGACAAAUGGAUUUUUUGUUGCUGUCUUUGAAAGACUGGAGGAAGGAGAAAAUAAUGAAUUUUAUAAUGGAAGAGUCUUGCAGUACAGAAAAAAAAUUGAGCAAAAUGAAAAUAGGAAGGAGAGAAAAUAUCGAGAAAGUUAUAAUACUAGUAAUAUGAUUGAAGAUACAGAUUGCAUUGCUGCAAAUGAAAUAAAUAACAAAAUAAUUGAAAACCCCAUCAAAGACAAAAUUGGACCUGAAAAAGAAGUCUCCAAUGAAGUGGCUCCAGAUAGUCGAGAAAGUAUUUUUGAUGAAUCCACAAUAACUGAAGAAGUCAGCAUUAAAAAGCAUAAAAAGAAAAAACAUAAGGAUAUAGGUACAGAUGAAUGUGUAACAUUUGUUCCUCAAUCCACUGUUGCUAGUAAAAAAAGCAAAAAGAAGAAACAUAAACAUUUGGAAGAAGAGACUCAGAUUGAAGUAGCAGCCAGCACUGGAGAUGUUUGUGAUGAGCCUGAGAGAAAAAAAAAGAAAAAGAACAAAAAUCCCACAGAAGAUAGACUUUUGGAAGUCUCAACAAAUGUAGAAAAAAGAAAGAAAAAGAAGUCCAAGGAGGAAUCAGUCGAAAUAGUAGGAAUCAAUGAAAAAACAGAAGGAAAGCCUCGUAGAAAGAAGAAAAUGGUUGAAUGUGUGGAUUAA